AGAAUGUUAUAGUUAUAAUACCUCUGUGCAUUAAGCAGCAAGCAACCUCCUCACCCUACCUCUUACCUCAUUCAUUUACUUUUUGUUACCUUCUUCACUGAAUUUCACGUUCCAAUAUUCAUUUUAGACAUCAUAAUUUAUGCUUGAUCAUGGCGGACGAUAGUACAUUAUCCUUCUCGAUGGCUUCUGUUGUCGAAGAUGUCCUUAACCGCUCACAAGCCCUUGAUAUGGACUCCCGAAGAGCACAAGAAGCCGCGAUAAGAAGAUAUGAAGGUGCGGCAUGGCUGCGAAAAAUGGUAGGAGUUGUUGGCGCAAAGGAUUUGCCUGCAGAGCCUUCAGAGGAAGAGUUUCGGCUCGGUUUAAGGAGUGGAUUAAUAUUAUGUAAUGUGAUUAAUAAAGUACAUCCAGGAGCUGUGUCUAAGGUUGUUGAAAGUUCUUGUGAUUCUGCUGCUUCACCGGACGGAGCUGCUUUAUCUGCGUAUCAGUAUUUUGAAAACGCGAGGAACUUUUUAGUGGCGGUUGAGCAAAUGGGGCUUCCUACCUUUGAAGCGUCCGAUUUAGAACAAGGAGGAAAAACAUCAAGAAUUGUGAAUUGUGUGUUGGCACUAAAAUCAUACAGUGAGUGGAAACAAACAGGUGGUCAUGGGACUUGGAGAUUUGGGGGAACGGUGAAACCGAGCACGCCUAGUAAAAGCAUUGUUCGCAAAAACUCGGACCCGUUCUCGAAUUCUUUGUCAAAGAUGAAUGUUCAAUCUCCAGAAACUGAUAAUAAUAAUAAAAUGCAUAAUUCAUCCUUAAGUACACUCGUUCGUGCAGUUUUGAUGGAUAAAAAGCCCGAUGAAGUGCCCGUCCUUCUAGAAUCGUUGCUAAGUAAGGUCAUGGAAGAGUUUGAACAUCGUAUUGCAAGUCAAGUUGAAUCGCAAAAACCCGUCCCCAAGGAUUCGCCUACUUUAAGUGCAAACAGAACAUUUUUGAAACAUACUACUUGUGAUGCUAAGGUAGAAGACCGAAACGCUGCAGUUGUAGUGAAAGAGAAAAUCUCUCAUAAGAACGUCGUUCAUGACGAAGAAAUUAAACGAAAACACAUAAAACAUCAAAUGGCUUUCGUUGCACAACAAGAAGACAUCGAGGCAUUGAAGCAAACGCUGUCAACCACAAAAACCGGGAUGCAGUUUAUGCAAAAGAAAUUCUUCGAAGAAAUUAAGAAUCUCGGUCAACAUGUUCUUGGUCUAGCUCAUGCAGCUUCAGGAUACCAUAGAGUUCUUGAGGAAAACCGAAAGCUAUAUAAUCAAGUACAAGAUCUUAAAGGAAAUAUUAGAGUUUAUUGUCGGGUGAGACCUUUCUUAGGACGACAGUCAAACGCUACAAAUACUGUCGAUUGCAUCGAGGAAGGAACAAUAAGCAUUAACACCCCACCGAAGUAUGGAAAAGGACGUCGAUCGUUUAGUUUCAACAAAAUUUUCGGCCCCUCAGCAACCCAAGAGGAAGUCUUUGAAGAUACUCGACCCCUAAUUCGCUCUGUUCUUGACGGUUACAAUGUUUGUAUAUUUGCAUAUGGUCAGACUGGAUCCGGAAAAACUCAUACCAUGAGUGGACCGAAAGAUCUAACCGAGAGUAAUCAAGGAGUUAACUACAGGGCGCUAGGCGAUUUGUUUCUUCUAGCGGAGCAGAGAAAGGGAACUUUCCAAUAUGAUGUCUCGGUUCAAAUGAUAGAAAUAUACAACGAGCAAGUGCGGGAUCUCCUCGCUACUGACAGUUUAACUAAAAGGUUAGAGAUCCGUAACAACUCACAGAACGGGUUUAACGUUCCAGAAGCUAGCUUGGUCCGUGUUUCAUCCACAUUUGACGUUAUUGAUCUGAUGAAUUUAGGCCAAAGAAAUCGGGCCGUGGGUGCAACUGCUCUUAAUGACCGUAGUAGUCGCUCUCACAGUUGCUUGACCGUACAUGUGCAAGGGCGGGAUCUAACAUCAGGAGGCGUUCUACGCGGUUGUAUGCAUUUAGUUGAUCUUGCGGGAAGUGAACGCGUCGAUAAAUCUGAAGUAACCGGAGAUAGAUUAAAAGAAGCACAACAUAUUAAUAAAUCUCUAUCUGCCUUAGGAGAUGUCAUAUCUUCGCUUGCGCAAAGGAAUGCGCAUGUACCUUAUCGAAACAGCAAACUCACACAAUUACUCCAAGAUUCACUUGGUGGGCAGGCGAAGACGCUUAUGUUUGUUCACAUAAGCCCGGAGUUGGAUGCUGUUGGAGAAACGCUUAGUACACUUAAGUUUGCCGAACGGGUUGCCACUGUCGAACUUGGUGCUGCGCGAGUAAAUAAAGACAGUUCAGACGUCAAAGACCUCAAAGAACAAAUUGCGAAUCUAAAGGCAGCUUUAGCACGGAAAGAAGGAGAACAAGAAAGUGUUCAGGUUCGAAGGAAACCGACAGGAGAAAUAGGCAACAUUGAGGCACGAAAAAAAUACAGGCCAAGACAGAAGACACAAAGUAUCGAUUUAGACGAACUGUUAGGAAACUCGCCACCUUGGCCGCCAGUAAGCAGCCCUGGUGAGAUGUACGGUGAAGACGAUAGAGAAACCGGGUCGGGUGACUGGGUAGACAAGGUGAUGGUAAACAAACAAGACGGAGCGCGUGGGACCGUUGGAUGUUGGGAACCCGAAAAUACCCGAAUGUCUGAUUCGUUUUACCAAAAAUACCUCCCGGAACAAUGUUAUAACAUGUUCGCAGGCGGAAAUGGGUUCGAUGUUGCCACUACUACAGAUGAUCUUGAUGAACUUGAUGCUGCCACUAGUGACUCAUCUGAGCCUGAUCUACUCUGGCAGUUCAAUCACUCAAAACUUUCAAGUUUGACCAAUGGAGGAGCCAUGUCAAAAGUCAGUAACUUAAAUGCAAAGUCAACAAGGAGCCCAGAUAUAAGCAGCAGAACAAUGAGUCCAAAUCUCGGGCCUUCGCCAUCAAGGAAAAUGGCGAAUGUGGGUCCGCAGCAGCGAGCUGGGAGGCAAGUAGCCUCUGCAGAAGUUAAAAGGAAAACUGGGAACAGGAAGUAGCCAAGUGACUGAUCUGCUUUUGAGUUUCUUGUUUUCUGUAUUUGAUCUUAUUUUUUUCUUUAUAUAUAGAGAGUGAGAGUGAUGAGAGGAUUUACAUACUUUUUUUUUUUUUUUGGUUUUUUGUUGAUAUUUGAAUUAAUUGUUUCAUGUUAUAUAUAUAAUAUAUAUGUGUAAAUUUGCCACAACAGUUUCAGUUGCUUGCAUCUUAUGUAUUUUGACAUAAACUCUAUUAUAUUAAACAAGUCAAGCUCAACUCAUGUUAAUGAAUUGUUCAAAAUACUUAUAUUCUAUUAUUAAA